AUGUUGCAACGAGGCAUCCGGAGUGAUCAGAACGAUGAUGUAUUGAGUGCCGAUUCGGCUGUGCAACGUGAAAAGGCUAUAGAGCGAGAAAUGUUCUCAUGCUGUUAUUGUGAAGCUCCAUUGGAGGCUAUAAUGUUAGAAACUGAUGAAAAAACGGGUGAACAACGCCUUUUGUGGGCGUGCAGAAACAUGAAGAAAAAUGUAUGUUUUUUCCCGAUGGGAUUACCGAGUGAGAUUUUCUUCCUGAAGCGCUCGGCCUUGGAAAAAGAAGAAGGGGUCAUUCCUAAACCGGACAUUCGCCGUCUACCUAAAAAAUUCUGGGGACUUUAUCCUACGGUGUUUGCCGAUCAACUUCAAUCAAAAAGUCGGACGAGUGAUACGCGUGCCGAGACAUCGAUGUCGAAUCACACAACUGACUACUCAUCGUGUCCGACUAAUUCGCCAACUACUUCAGGCUCUUCUGUAUCGUCGGAUCAUGCUGUUUUUGAUCAACUCCUGAAAAUGGGUUCCGAAACACCUGUGUGGGGGAAUUCCAUAAGCAAAUCGAAAAGACGAAAUAUAGUGGGACAUCCACAUUCUAGUGGAGCAUCGAGCAGCGAUAAAGAUGAUACCGAGAAGUCAGCAGUGACGAAUUCCACUUCAACUUGCUCUUCCACUGACGCAAACGGGAACAGUGGUGGUGGUGGUGGUGCUCUCGCCGAACUAAUUUGUGAUCACCUCCAGUACACCGGAGACGACGAACUCGUGAGUAAAAUGGCCGGUAUUGUUAAGAAGUUGCAUAAGGAGAAGCCGUCUCGUGGCAAAUUUCCAGGGAAUUUCACGCAUGCUGAGUAUCAUGCUUCUUUGGAUUACUUAUUUAACCUUGAUGUUACGCCUAUCAAGCGGAAGCUCAACGUACGAUCUGCAGAUCUGCCGGAAGCUGAAAAGCCAACGAGUGGAUCAGCUGAUGCCACGGCUAACGAAGACGACCCUUUCGGUGCUAAAGAGUGGUAUGAAGGAGAGGAUGGACCUUCCACUUCUGUCCCAAUAGCUUCUCACAUUGAUUCCACCUCGGCCGAGGAGGAGCGGCUAAAUGCUAUCGUUAAGGAUAAGGUGCGCUCAUGCAUAGCCAAAUCAGCUGCAAGGCGAAACGAACAUAGACGCAGAAGAAUGCAGGAGUCGUCCAUACAGUCUGUACAGCUAAAUCAGCAACAACCUUCCUGUGGACCGCCGUUACCGCUUCAUUCCAACGAUCUGGCUCCAUCAGAACAUUUCAACGAAGAAGAUGGGCUGCUUUCUUUUGAUUCUCCCUACGCUGAUAACCUUGGCGAAGUAGGAUCUGCACUGAGCUUCUCUCAUGACGAUCUCAUUCAACAGUCACAUUCUACCGUCGUGCAAGACCUCUCGAUCUCAGAUACAACCCAUUUCCACAGCUCCUCGCCUAAUUCUGAUCUUGACUUACACAGCCCCGUAGGUGAUGACGAGUUCAGCAAUCUUUUUGCUGGCUAUAACUUUAUGUGA